AUGCCUAAUUUACUAUAUUUAAAAUUCGAAACAGGAGCAAUUAAUUUAAAUGGAAAUCAAUGGAAACAAAUCUUAAUAAAUUAUGUACCUAAGAUUAAAACAUUUCGAUUUCUAAUAAAAGUUUUAUCACUGAAAUAUAAUAAUGUAGAGAAACAUCUCGAAGAUUUCUUGAGUACCUUUCAAACACCAUUUUGGAUUGAUGAUCAUCAAUGGUUUGUUCGAUGUGAUUGGCCACAACAUACUAAUAAAGUAUUUGUUCUCUAUACUUUACCCUAUUGUUUUGGUAAUACUUAUAUUAUUUAUCAGAAUCGAUGGUCGAAAACAACUUAUCCUAAUGUUCGUGAUUGUAACCAUUACGAUCGAGUAAAGGAUGUAUUCCAUAAAGGACGUAUGAAUGAUUUAACUCUAUUUCCUAUAUACUAUCCAAACAUUCGUUGUCUGACAUUGAAAUUACCUUUCGAUAAUAAUUUUUGGACUAUAAUUCCAAGAAUAGAUCAAUUGAUCUCGUUGGAAGUAAUUGAAACACGAGAAAAUAAUCGAUCCAAAUCUCAACUGAAAGAUUUACUUAAUCGUGCGCCUCGUCUAGAUUAUCUAAGUGUUGAUGCGAUAUCAUUUUUACAUUUGAUACACUCGAAUAUUACCCAUACAUCACUUCGUCGACUUCAAUUGAAAUCUUAUCAUUCUCGAAUGAAUCACUAUUUAAAUGUUACACAAUAUUCUCUAUUGACUGAUUCAUUACUUGGACGCCAAUGUGAAGUUCUUUUAAUUCAUGUUGAAAAUCGAACAAUUAUCCUUGAUCUUAUACAUAAGAUGUACAAUCUUCGAGCAUUGAAUUUUGCAUGUCAAGAUGAUAAUUGGACCGACAAUGUAUCAUCACAUCCAAACGAUGAACUUGUUGAAUGGUUACGAAAUUCUUUGCCAGAAACAUAUUCAGUUAGUCGACAUCGAUCUCGUCUUGUACGAAUAUGGACUAAUCGGUAA